AUGGCGGCCGCGACGGCGAACGUGGCAGUGCUGCUCCUGUUGGUCAUCCAUGUCCUCGGCGUCGUCGUCGGCGCAGCGAGGCCAUUGGAGAGAGAUCACGGGUGGACCGGGAACGGGAUCGAAAUGGUGGAUCACAGGUCAAAAGAAAAGGAUGGAUCAAACCUUGAAAAUGGAAACAUGAUCGAGCUUCUGCUCUUCUUGUAUUUCUAUCGUGAUUUGUGGAAUGUAUAG